AAUAAAGAAGAACAAUUCUGUUUCAUUUUUCUGGAGCAGAAGGGAGAAGUAACUCACGAAAAUGACUAUGAUGCUGUUUUUUUUCAUGUUUAUCACUGAAUCUGCCACUGAGAAGCUGUGUCCCCUUCGUGCCUCCAUUGAUGUGCUAGAAGGGGAAUAUUUUUUCCUUUGUUAUCCUGAGUCAAGGCAAGAACAUUUUCAGGAAGAAGCGUACACAAUAAACUGGUACAAAGAAAAAGCUGGAAAGCAGCAACUGAUAAAGGAAACACGUGGAAUUGUUCCCCAAAAGAAUUCUCUGGAGUUCUGGCCAGCUGAGCUCAGUGACUCUGGGAAUUACUCUGUCAUUCACAGCAAUGGAAAACAAAAUUUAACAAUUCAAAAGUGGACCUUGAAUGUGCUUGAAAGAAAUAAAAGCAGCUGUUUCAAUAAAAAUCAUUUAACUACAGAAAUUAAAAAUGCUGGAACUGGUCAUUCACUGAAAUGCAGUGAUUUGUCGGUCAAUGAAAAUGACAGCAUAACAUGGUACAAGGACUGUAAGAACUAUGAAAAUGAAACAGAGCGGGAACUGGAUUUUAAAACCCUAACUGUACAGCACUCUGGGAUAUAUACCUGUAAAAUUUUAAUCAGUCAUGAAGGAAAGAUAUACCAAAGCACAAAUACAAUUAAACUGGUGGUAGAAGAAGAUGCACCAGAGGCUGUAACUUUGGAGAUAGUUGGACACAAUGAAGAAAUUGAAACAGAAAUAGGUAAAGAAGAGAUACUCAAUUGCACAGGUUUCUUGGGUUAUUAUAUGCAAGAAGAAGCCAGCCUCUACUGGUUAAUUAAUCAAACAUUUCCAGAAAAAUGCUCAGGUAUCCCCGAGAAUGAACCUUCAAUAUGUGAAGAAGAGUUAAAAAAAUUACAGUUGGGAAACAAGUUCUACGUCACAAGGCUACUACGGAUUAAAAAAGUAACAGAGGAGGACAUGCAUCAUAAUUUCACCUGCACGUUGCAAUCUGAUGAAAGAACACAAAUAAAAAUAGUCAAACUGAAGAAGGGGAAUACCCGAGAUCUUCCUGUGCACAUAUUUACAACUGGAAUGGUCCUUGCAGUGCUAUUGCCAUGUGUUGCUGUAGCUGUGGUGCUUGUCUGUGUGAUGUUUAGAGUUGAGGUAGUUCUAUUUUACAGGAACAUAUGCAGAAGAGAUGACACUGUUGGAGAUGGAAAGGAAUAUGAUGCAUUUGUGUCUUACCUGAAGGAUUGCAUUUCUCCUACUGAAGAAGAGAGAGAAUUUGCUUUGAAGAUAUUACCCAUGAUAUUAGAAGAAAACUUUGGCUACAAGUUAUGUAUUUUUGAGAGGGAUGUAUCCCCUGGAGGAGCGGUUGUUGAUGAUAUUCAUUCAUUGAUUGACAGAAGUCGAAGAUUAAUCGUUAUACUGAGCCAGAACUACGUUUCUAACAGAGCCAUAUACGAACUAGAGAGUGGACUACAUAAAGCCUUAGUUGAAAGGAAAACUAAGAUCAUAUUAAUUGAAUAUAUGCCUAUAAGUGACUACAAUUUCUUGCCAGAAUCACUGUCUCUUUUGCCAUCAAAGAGGGUUGUGAAGUGGAAAAAGGACAAAUCUCUUCCUCUGAAUUCCAGAUUUUGGAAGAACCUUCGGUACCUGAUGCCAGCGAAACCUACCAAGAUAAACACCAAAGGACACUACAGUAAUCUUGACCUAGGCUCAGAAGGGGCUCAACCACAGUCUGAGGGCUGUGGCUUUAAUGCACUCGUAUAACAGUUAUGGAGACAUAAGAUGCUGCAGAAAACCACACAGUUUGCUAACUACUAGAAAACACAAACUGCACACUUACUUUCAGAAGGCAGUGUUCAGAAGAGGCCAAGUCUGAGAUCUGUGAAGAAUGUAGAAAUCGUUACAGAGACUAGGAUGAUGUUAACCCCAAUGCUAAAUGCUGUCCCAGAGAGUUUCCUCAGCAAUCUGCACAAGAAGCAGAAAUUUGAUUCUGCUUAGGACUUACCACAAGGCACAAAGCUAAAUAAUGUCGAAUGAUGUUAGUUACACUUGCAUACUUUUUAAGGCCUGUCAAUAAAUAUACCAGUAUUUGCAAAGUAUUAUUUAGAUGCUCUUGGUUUUGUGUUUUGGUAUUUCCUAAGGAUCCUGCAUGAAAGUAGCCCAAAAUGACUCCUGCCCUGGAGAGCUUGGCAUGCAGGCUUUGGGCAAUGCCAAACAGAAAAAUCAAGUGAAAACAGAGAAAAAGGAGGAUAGAAAGAGUAGGGCAGAUUUGGUUGGGCUAACAGUAUUCACUACUGACCUGUACAUGAUCCAGACAAUCCAAGUGGGAGUGAUUUGCAGGAAUGGUAACGACUUAGUAAUGAGUUCAAAACCAUGGUGACCCUCCCUUAUUAUUAGCUGCCUGGCAGAAGAUACCAAUCUGACAAAAAAUCCUGGAUAAAAUGGAAUCGUAUUUCCUCCUAGUACCAGUGAGGAGAAAUUAAUGGAGAAUAAUUUUGUAAGAUCUUCUGUCAGUUUGCUAGGAAAUCAUCAAGGCUCAGCCCGCUCUCAUCAUUUUCUUGCAUUCAACUAAUGCUAGUUCUAAGGAGGCAUCUCUUUGACAAUUCAUGCAGCUGUCAUGAAGGAACUCCGUUAUCUUCUCAGUGCACUUGAGAACACAGUUGGAGUGCUAGGUGUCAUGGCAAUAACUCAAAAUUCAUGAGAAUGAAAUACCUUGUUGUUUGUCAAAUACCUUGUAAUCAAGCAUAGUUUCUGACAGAUGCUCAAUUAAAAGUAAAGGCUAAAUGUGGAUUUAUGAAAUGGUGACAAUACAGUUGCUGGAUUAACACCCAGAUGAAAAUGAACAAAGGAAUAAGGCACACAUUUGUGAUGUCCUUCAGACCAGUUCCAAAAUGCCUCCCUCUUUCUCUUAGGCAAAUAAAGAGCUAUUGAAAUGUGAUCCUUAGGCAAAAGCCAUUCUCUGGCUUAAGCUUUUACUGAAGAGGAUUUCUGCUCUGUAGAUAUGCGUGUCUUUACCUUUCCAAAUCUUUCUCAAGGUCCAGUUCUUCUCUACCAAUGUUUCCUGUGAUUUGUAAUCAUAGAUCAUUUUAACACUUUCCUGCGGGACUAAUUCUCCUUACUUCGUAAAUGCUAUCUGACAUACUGGGCACAUCCAUUUCUUGGCCAAAAAGUUGACAGAGAAGUUAAUAACUUUCCUGGUACUUAACUGAGGUGUUAAACUUGCUUCUCAGCCACAUAGUUUUUCAUAUGCUGUCAUCAAUAUAUUACCUUACAACACAAAGCAUCAAAUGUAUUAUACUACACAUAUGAAUACGGAUAGUGCACGUGGUUUGUUAAAAACUCUGGGCUGAGCCUACCCUCUAUGAGAACCAGCUGCUAUAACUUGAGAUUGAAUUUACCGUGAAUGCCUCCUCACCUCAACUUGGACAUAUGAUGUGUCUGCAUAUACCUGCUCUAUCUCAUGAAACUGUACCCUGAAGAUUGUGAGACCAUGCAGAAUUUGACUGCACUGAGAUUUUACAGAAUACCAGAGGACUUCACAUGAGGAAGGUUGAAAGCUAAAUGGCAUUAACUCCAAAGUUGUUCAAAUGCCAAUGAAGCAGACAUUCAGAUGUAGUAGAAUGGACUAUUUAAUAUCUGUAACAGGGCAAGUAUUUUUGCACAGAAUAUUAUCAUGACACAUUCAUUUAAUCUCUAUAGCUGAUUGUCACUGCCCAUGUUGUGGUAAAGGGAGACAAGGGAAAUAAGCAUAUGCAUCCUCAUAUUAACACCAGAUAUUGCUCUUCUAUCCUGAAUUACUGACUUUAAUCAGGGCUUGGAAAUGCCUGCUUUCUGUUUACCAGUCCCUAGAGAAAAGGAGCUGCUAAUAUGGCUUUUGUAGACUGGAGUUGUGUUGAUUUGCUUGAUCGUGUAUAUAUCAAUUUAUAAGUGAAUUCACAUGAUAGUUAGUUUAAGGUAAUGGGUCAAUUCAGUGAUUUAUA